GUUACCAACUCUACGACUACUACAGUCUUAGUAACUCGGUGCAAGUAAAAGUGAAGAAGACCAACUAUAGUACUACUCUACGCUACCAUAAGAGGAGCCAUGGACGCUUUGUGGGAGUUGGAAGACAAGUUGAAAUUAUCAACUCAAGGAGCAAUAGUUGUGUUUCUGGGCACAGCCUUUGCUGUCAUCGGACUCUGUACAGCUGUGCUGAAGAAGGAGAAGAAGAAGAGGUUACAGAGGAAGCAACUCGUGGAUGAAGAAACUACAGAUGGGAAGUGGGGAGAAUCAGGGUCAGGUUGGGAAUCAAUUGAGGAUGCGUUGAUAGGUUCUGUACGGUGGAGUGAGGCAAGUAAGCUUGAGCUGGAGGAGAUGCAAGCUUUGAGUUGGCGAGAGGGCACCCCUGCAACUUUGCUGGUUAGAGGAAGGUACAAUGUGGUGACACCAGUGUGGCAGAGUCACAACUCAGUGUCACCAGUGUGGCAGAAACCGAUUCUGAUGGGGGAGAAGUGUGAGCUCCCCAGAUUCAGUGGCCUCAUCCUCUACGACGAGCGUGGACGCCCACUUCAUCAUGAUGACCCAUCAGAUAAGGAGUUCCUGCUCCAGGAAAAAACUGUUAUGACUCUCAAGGACCUACUGUAACUUCUCUCUGUUUCCUCAUUUUCUCUGAUUGCCAGGGAAAGGAAAGGAAGAGAAAGCAUAAAAAAGGAGAAAGGAAAGAGAUUAGUUUCUGAAGGAAUUUCUUUCUUCCACUAUGAGAAUCUUGAUGUGAACAUUACUGCAGCUGUUUAAUAAAUCAAUUUCCCAUUACCUACUAAAUGGCACAAAUGCACUUCAUUGCGUAGGCAAA